CCCGCAUCUGGAUCCAAUCACGACCAUUCUAAUUGUCAUCGCUUCCCACAGCGUUACAAUGAAGGCGCCACUCGCUACGCCAAGCCAACAAGAUCUGCGCAGCAGGCGAAGCACUGCCUGCAACAAGCGUCAGAGCGCAGAUUUGGUGUCGCGUGCCUCUAGCGUCUUCUAGAUUCGCCUCCCUUUCUUUUCUCUGCUUUCCGUAGACUUCCGGCCAGUCGUCCUCUUUCAUCACAUUUUCCCUUCGUUUGAAUGGUCUGCCGCGUAAUGUCGCCCGCCGCAGCUUCGCGCUGAGCAUAUAACUUUCAAUACGGAUCCGUACUGCUUCUAAGACUCCUCCCAAGACUCGUCUAUGCGUGGCACUUAAUGCUCUUGUGACGUCUUACCCUAACGGUUUGCGCGUUACAUUCUCUUGUCACUCUCCUUUCAUCUGUUCAUCCUCUCUUUUCAGUUGAGCCUUUAUUCUCGGUCACCGGAAAUGAAAACAAUGAAUUUUGUCUUGCCGUCGAAGCGGCUGCUUCUGUCAUAUGUCUUCGAUUGGAUUAUAAUCAUAGCCAUAGCAGCCGUUGGCGCAGGAUGGAACUCAAUUACGCCGUUUCAUCGUCCUUUUUCAGUAGUUGACCUCUCAAUAUCUUUUCCAUUUGAAAAGCAUGAAACUAUUCCGACAUGGCUUCUCAUGGUCGUCUCUCUGGUAGUACCUGCAGCCAUCAUAUUCAUUGUGUGCUUGGUAUUCGUUCCAGGCCCCACGGUCAGUACUACGACGCCAAAGGGACUCAUUUGGAGAAGAAAGAUUUGGGAAUGGAAUACAGGUUGGAUGGGCCUUGCCCUUUCACUUGCGACAGCGUUCAUGCUCACGCAAGGCAUGAAAUUGCUCUUCGGAAAACCGCGACCAGACUUACUUUCCCGCUGUCAACCUGACUUAGACCAGAUACGUCGCGUCGAAGUCAGCACUGCCGGUCGAAUCUAUGAUGCGUCUUGGGUUCUUGUCACUGGUGCUAUAUGCACGAACCAGGAAAGCGAUAUUUUGCAAGAUGGCUUUAAAUCGUUUCCAAGUGGGCAUUCAAGCUUCUCCUGGGCAGGACUUCUCUACCUGACACUUUUCCUUGCAUCCAAGUUUGCAGUCGCAAUUCCAUUCCUACCUCCACGCCCCUUCAGCACGAACGGGGCAUUCACCUCCGCUGCUUCACCAUCCAAUCUGAGGCCAAAAUCGAUACUGCCUACUCAUGUCAAGCCUCCUAUUGAUUCGACGCUUUCCGGCCACACGCCCCCCGAGAAUAUCGUGCUGAUCAGAAAUCACGCAGCUGCACCACCAGUCUACACUUUGGUUGUCAUUCUCGUACCUAUUGGCUCGGCCAUCUACAUCUCUAGUACUCGCUUCACUGACUACCGCCACCAUGGCUUCGACAUUAUAUUCGGUAGCCUGAUUGGAAUUGUUUGUGCUUGGUUUAGCUUUAGGUGGUAUCACCCCCCGAUUCGACGUGGUGCGGGGUGGAGCUGGGGUCCAAGAAGUUACCAGCGUGCAUGGGGAAUUGGUGUCGGGGUAGGGGGAUAUGUUGGCACCGAGGGUUGGACCCAUCGGACAGAGCCACAGGAAGAGGUCCAUGAUGGACCUGCGUUUAAUGGAAAUAAAGGAGUGGCCGAUAGUGGGGAACAGGCGGAGCUACCGAGGACAACAGGAGACCAUAGAAACUACGUCUUUGCUAGAUUCGGCGCAGCUAGAGCACAGGUUGAGAUAAUCUUGUGCCCGGCUGAGCACCCCGUCGCGAUUAGUGUAGUGAGCACCUCGUUCCGCUCUACAACUCCAACUGUCGUGGGUAACAUGGCGGAAUACUGGAAAUCUACUCCAAAGUACUGGUGCAAAUUCUGCUCCGCCUACGUCAAGGAUACCAAAUUUGAGCGCUCAAAUCAUGAAGCCACAGGCCGCCACCAAAGCGCAAUCCAGCGGUCUCUACGCGGACUACACCGGGACCAGCAAAACCAAGAACGGCAGAAACAACGAGCGAAAGACGAAGUCGCGAGGUUGAAUGGGCUUGUGUCUAAAUCAGAUUCAGCGCCGGUUGGGCCUACAGCGUGCGAAGCUCGGGCUGGCUCGAAGCCUAUGUAUUCAAGAGAGCCGGAGAGGAAGGCCACACUUGAAGAUAGGAAGAGACAGUGGAACCAGCUGACAGCCAUGGGUAUUACGGUGCCGGAGGAGGUGAGGGGCGAUAUGGGGAUUGGAACUUGGCAUGUGGUGAGCCAGAGGAUAAUCAAUGAAGAAGACGACAAAAAACUGCUAAGUGUUGGUGUGCAUAAGCGUAAGAUUGACGAAGAAGAUGAAGAGGUGAUGGCUGCGGAAGAGACGAUAAUGAAGAAGGGGUGGGGCAGUACAUACAAGUCCUAUCCGGGAAAGAUGGGCGGUGGCGACGCCGACAUAGAUAGACUUUUUAAGAAGGUUAAAAAGCCCGCUAUUAAGAAGGAGGCGGACGUUGCACUAGAGCCUGAGAUUAAGACGGAGGAAUCGGGGGUGAAAGGAGAGGCUGAGGAGAGCGUCCUUCAAAAUAUUCCAACCGAAGAAGAACCGACUGCAAAUCCGAAAGAACCGACCUGCUCCGAAAGGCGGAACCUUGAACAGACCAGGGAUGUCGCAGCAAGGACUGAAGAAGAAACUUCGACAGAGGGCUUCAAGAGGAUAGUCAAUCCCGGAGGUGCCCUCACCACUAACCUUGAGUCUAGCACACUAGCCAAGGCCGGGGAUGGCGGUCCUACUCCAGCAGUUGUAUUCAAAAAACGGAAGAAAAUCGGGCGUUAAAAGUGAGCUUGGUAUCGACUGCCACGCAAGAACGAUUUUGGCAUACGAUGUGGAAGGUCACUUGGUAAUAGAGUGCUCGUUCAGACUCUGCGGGAGCUGGAGAUCCAAGAUUUCCGUCCCAGGGUCUUGCUCCUUCUGGUUACUGAACUGGAGGCAGAUGUGAGGUAGUCUUCAGCCAGACGAGCUAGCGGCCUUUCACUGCGAUUUUUGGCUACUGGCCUCUUACGUUGCGGUGGUUGG